AUGUUCAAGGUAAUUCCGGGACUGGUGGGGCUAGCCAGUCUGAGCCUGCUCACCUUUAGAGGCUAUGUAGCACCCAAAGAGGACUCACCUCCCGAAAGUUACAAGAAGAUGAGUGAGCUCUCACUGUACUCGGUUCCUGAGGGUCAAUCUAAAUAUGUGGAGAAGCCAAGGACUCUACUUGAAGAAAACAUCUCACAGCUACGACAUCUUUGUGAGCCAUAUACAAGUUUGUAUCAGGAAAUGUACUCCCAUACUAAACCCAAGGUGGAAUACUUGGUCCAGUGGGGAGUAAAUAACUAUAACCAUCUUAAAAACGCACCUCCUGGAUUUCUCCCAAGACUCGGUGUUAUUGGUUUUGUUGGACUCCUUUUCGCUAAAGGUUCAAAACUAAAGAAGCUGGUCUAUCCUCCUUUUUUCAUGGGAUUAGGGGCCUCUGUCAGUAACCCAGAAAAAGUCAUCGGCAUUGCCCUAAUCUCUGGGGAGAAGUUAUAUGACUGGGGAUUACGAGGGUACAUAGCUGUAGGAAAUUUGCAGAAGCAAAAUAUUCAGAAGCCGGGAAGUGUGAAGAAUUCACUGAGAAGUAAAUAG